UCAUACAUCAUUUUUGACAACUUCUAAUGCCGUAUUAAAAACUCAAAAUUUUAGUAAUAAAAAUAAUCUAUAAUAAUGAGUUGUGCUUUGCACUUGAAUCAGUGUUAUGGAAUCGAUGGAAAUGAAAAAUGGAAAGCGAUUCUUGAUAGUGUAUUCGAAUUUAUCACUGCAUCCAAAACUAUGCUGUACGUAUUAAAUGAAAGAGUAAGAAGUGAUGAUAAAAUUAGCGAAGGAGAGCUACAGAGAUUGAUCGAUGAAGAAGUCAGACUGGCAAAUUACCGAGCAUCACUUCAUAUUUGCCAAUCCGAUAGCCCUGAUCAAGAACCUAAACCAAAGUUCAUUUAUACUGAAACAGUCGAUAACUCAUCGACUCCUGCUCCUGAAAUACACAAAAUUGGUGAUGAUUUGGAGCAUUUGGCGGAAGAACCAUUCAUAACCAGCAAUUCCCCACAAUGUAUUCAAAAACAUGAGAAUAAAACUGAAAACGCCGACCAUGGCCUUGAAAACUUAGUUGAACAAUGUCCCAGUGGUCAUUUAAUAUCAACCAUUUGUAUAAGCGAAAUACGUGCCUCCUUAAUUAAACUUGAUGAUGAAGAAAAUGCUUUAACCCCAAAUAGUUAUGAUGCCCUUAAUAGAACUAAACCAAACCUAUUAAAGUCUUCAGUGGAAAUACAAUCAGAUUUUAGUGACCAAAUGAAAUCCAUUGAAAUUCCUUCUAUAGACGACGAAGAAAAACUAAGACUAAUAGAGUGUCAAGAAAAAUCCACGUCUUCUCUAACUGAGAGCGGUAAUAAUCCGAUGUUUUGCCGUCAUGGGAAACUUAUAAGUCAGAAGUGUCAUUAUCCAAAUAAAUCUGAUCCUGUAGUACAACCAACUAAAGAAACAAUUAAACAAGAAAAUAAAUCUGAAGUGCUAAGUCAAAAUUCUACUAAACAGACCUGCAAGGUACAAUGCAGAAGUAGAAUUCCAAGAAGCAAAAACUUUGAACAGAGAUGUAAAAUAACUGAUAUAGAGAAACAUCCAUAUGAAGGCUCCAACAUCGGGAAAAAAAUAUGUAAAAAUUGCCAAAAAAAUACUUAUAGCAGUUUGCGUUUGAAAUCAGGAGCUCAAAAAGGGGAUAAUAUCUAGGAGAAAAUUACUAAUUAAUUGUGAUUAUUUGAUGUUAUUGGUGUAUUACUGCGAACGGGUGAAAUAAAUAUCAUUAUACAAUUUAAACAA